AUGCCACCAUCAAACACAUCAGGCCUUGCUGAUGUCGAACAGGCUUUACGGGAAUUGCAACUCGAGUUGCAAGAACUUAAGGACCCAAAGCAGAAGAAGAAGGGCCAAACCAUCUCCGAAGAAAACAUGGCCUUCAACAAAGAAAUCUGCUUAUGCGGUUGCAAAUAUGGUGCCUGCUAUGAAAUGUUUGCGCCAGACAGGCAACUUCUUCAGUGUCCCAAUACUACAUUCCCUCCGCCUCUCAAUGAACCAUCACGCUAUGAAACACUAGCCUCUGCAGAGUCUGCCUUGCUUGCGGAGCUAUUCAGUCUACUUCUGCUGCACAUCCACCCUCUUGUCAGGGAAUAA